AUGCCUUCCAAACAACGAAACAAAAGAAAAUUGGGUAAAGAAUAUCGUCAACGGCUGAUUGCUAAUGAUGGUAAUUCUAUGGAUGUUGAUUCUAUGGAUGGUUCUUUGGAUGGUAAUAAUAUUUUGUUUGUUGGUAAUUUUAUUGAAGAGGGCAGUAAAGGGGAAAAUAGUUUAGUACUCGAUAAUUCUGAUGUUUUGAAUAAUUCUAUUGUUUCACGUAGUGUUUCCCCAGAUAGUAUUUCACCGAUUUCUCGUGGGGGAAGACCGAAAAAAAGGAAAAAUUGUGGGGGUAGACCUAAAAAUGUUAUUUUUAAUGAAUUUGUUUCUAAUGAUAAUUUGAAUAUGAAUUUUGAACCUGCUUUUUUGUCUGUUGAUUUAUUAGAUAUUCCUUUCGGACCUGUUUUACAUAGUGAUAAUCGUAUUUGUGACAUGAAUAUUAAUGUCGCAAGGGAUUAUAUUAAGGAAAUGUGGUCUGAUUCAAAUUCUUGGUUACAAGAGAAUUAUAUUUAUUCGUAUCUUAAAUACUUGACCACUCACACAAAUAAACGUGUUGUUGUACUUGACCCAGCAUAUUCUUUUGUUGAUUAUCAAUAUGGGGACAUAGAUCCACUAAUUCCUGUAGAAAAUUGCUUUAAUCAUUCUGUCAAUUAUGACAUUUUAUUCAUCCCAAUUUGUUUUCCUGGUCAUUUUGGUCUUGUAAUUUAUGAUAGAUUUGUUCGAAAUAAUCCUUUUUGUUUGUUUGUUGAUUCUUUACCUGCGGUUGACAGAGAGCUAUAAUUGACUUGACUCCUAAUGUUAACGAGAAUGA